AUGCUCGACCGUUCCAUACCGUCGCCAUUCCAGCAAUCCGAUACACUCCCGCCGUCCCAGGGAUCUCUUUCCCCAUCCCAGAUGUCCUCCAACUCUAGAUCGAACGACAUUUCCAGGUCCUCGCCUAAGGCGUUCACUCCAAAUGGAAUAGAUCCUUCGGAGACCCAAGAUACCAUCACCAACGGAGACAUAGACCGCUCUAUCACAAGGACUGGAAGUUCACUUAGUAUACGGACUUCCGGCGCCGGAGUAAGUGACUUCAAACCCAACUCUGACGACGACGAGGCACCCCAAUCUGUAAUACAUGUCCCGUCCGGCUUUGGAAAAUUUCUAGACAGUGUUCCUUCGCCGCGAGCAGAACCUACCAGAUCAUCGUCGGCGUUAUCAGAUGUGACUGUUACUUCGCCCCUAGUUGUCCAAAACGGCGACAACAAUGCGGGAAAGAAGCCCACAACUCCAGUAUCGCCUCCACCCAUCACCACCACACAUAUUGCACCUCCUGAGGACUGGUCAGAUCGAACAACCCCUCGUGCUCAGACAAGACAGGAGGUCGAAGAUUUCAAGAAAAGAGCGAGGAAAAGCAAUCUCGAAGAUAUACCCGAGACCUUUGACGUCGAGCAGGCUACAGAAGAAACAGAAGAUGAGCCAGAGACUCUCCACGAUGGCGGGGAGAUCACAACAACUACAGUUGGCAAAUUUCAGGAUAAUGAGCAAUUGAACGCUUUGAGGACGGCAUUAUCAGAAUGCUGGACUCUGUGUAAUACCCUAGCAAGUCUAAGCUACAUCCAUCGUGAGCGAUUGUUUAACUUUUCGGGAAAGGGCGACAUGCAGGAACAGGCCUGGAAAUCGUGCUGGAAACUUUGCCAAAACCUUUACGAGAAUCGCGAUAAUGACGACCAUCACACCUACGUGCGGCCUACUCUAGAUCUCUGCCGGGACUUUUGCCAAGCACUGUUCGAAGUUCGCGUGCGCGAUAAUGAAGUUGCAGACUCUGUUCUGCGUGUAAGUUUUGAACUCAACAACCACCUGUAUAAUACACAUGAUCGAAAUCUUCCCGAGGCGUUCAGGGAACGGACCCUGGAUUUCUACAUCACGCUGUGUCAUCGCCUUAUGAAACAGCGGACACGGCUGGCGGAAGAAACAGACACACUACUCAGGGCCUGCUGGUCUCUCGCAGAGAUGUUAUUCAGCUUACGGCAGAACAAGCGGGAAGGCAGAUCUCCCGAUGAAGAGCUCCUCGGAUCCGCAAUCCAGGCCUGUUGGGAACUAUGUGAUCUUUUCCGCGAGGGUUGGACCCAAAUUAGACCUGAUCGUGGCACGCCGCGGCCCAGCCAGACGACUUUCACUCAAGCCUUUUACCAGACUCAACGAUCAGAGUAUCCUAUGAUGAAUGAUGAAGAUACCCCGGGACGCGCAGGAAAUCCCGAAACCCCCACGACUAUAUUCGAAGAUACUACCACAAUUUCACCCGAGGAAGCACACGUCCCUAACAUCCUCCUCCUUGCCCCCGCGCAAAACCAAGUAACCCCUCCAAAAUGGUCAUCAAACUCCUCCACGCUCUCGGGAUACUCCCAAUCCUCGUCUGGAAAAACCGCCUCGUCCAGCAACACCGUCAAAACACCCGCAGAGGACCCGAACCUUACCUGUCUGAAGCUCUUGAUCAUCCGUGCCGCCAUGAACAGCGGCUUCCAACGAGGUACGACCCAGACCCUGCCCGCGUUUGUCAAAUCUCUCUCCUCAGAUUCCUUCGGGACACAAUUGUGGCAACGCACGUUACUCGACAACUAUAAGAAAUUAGUAUCAGUUGACUCAGCGUUCCGCGACCUCCCUCCUUCGGCGCGGGCGGGCGCGGUAGAUAUUGCGAACGCUGUUAGAUCGAUGGUUCAGCACAAUGGACAGUAUAUGUGGCUACAGGACCUCUACCGACUAGUGUUUGGCUUCCAUACCGAAGAGGCGAUGCAUCGAAAGAGCAUUACCGUCCAGUCGUAG